AACUCACUGCUACACUCAGGGUCAGCACACCGCUUCAAUUCCGAGAACCUCCUGUCCAGGGUCAGGCUGCCAGGGGCCAUGUGUGCUGCCAACAGGAGCAGCAGGUAGAUGUGGGGUCUGGCUGCAGCCAUGUCAGCAGGGUGGCAGAGUCCUGGGGAUGGAGGGGAGAGAGAGCAUGAGCAGAGAGAGGCAGACACGUCAGCAGGAGACAGCAAGGCAAGGAUAUGGAGGAGGAGACUGCUAGGAGAGGGCAGGAGAGGCCCAGGAGGAGGAAGGGAGGCACAAGAUGGAGUGAUGGUGCUGCCUGCUCAGCCACUGACUGGAGAGGGGGGAGGAUGUGACCAAGGACAGCUUGGGAGGAGGGGGGCUGUUACCGGGGUAACCGAGUGGGGGUAUUGGGGAGGGAGUCUGUACAGGGUCUGUAUGGGGUCUGUGAACGGGGUUACCGAAUGGGGGUCAAAGGAGAGCCUGUAUAUGGGGUCUGUUACCGAAUGGGAGAGAUAUGGGGUCUGUUACCGAAUGGGAGAGAUAGGGGGUCUGUUACCGAAUGGGAGCGAUAUGGGGUCUGUUACCGGAUAACCGAAUGGGGGUGUCGGGUAGAGAGCCUCUAAAGGGGGCUAUAAGGGGGCUGUUACCGAAUGGGGGUACAGGGAUAGCAGUCAGCAUAGGGGGCUGUAGGGGGUCUGUACCGAAUGGGGUACUGGGAUAGCAGACAGCAUAGGGGGCUAUAGGGGGUCUGUUACCGAAUGGGAGUACUGGGAUAGCAGACAGCAUAGGGGGCUGUAGGGGGUCUGUUACCGAAUGGGGGUACUGGGAUAGCAGACAGCAUAGGGGGCUGUAGGGGGUCUGUUACCGAAUGGGGGUACUGGGAUAGCAGACAGCAUAGGGGGCUGUGUAAAACACAGAAUAGGGUUAGUAGUGUGAUACUGCAUUGUGUGUUUGUGUGGGUAAAUGGCAUUCUCUAUGGGGCACGGGUAUUUUUCCAAACGAGGGGAGUGGCAUGUUUGUGGAUGAGCUGGUUUUGUCUAUUUGGCAAUAUGGAAUUUUACUAGGGGACUGCUGGCAUGAGGGAGUUUGGGGGAAAAAAAGUAUUCUGCCAGGGACAAGUGGGCAUUUGAGUGGGGUAUCUGGCAUUCCUUGUGGGGCACGUGUAUAUUACCAGGGGGUAGCUGGCAUAUUGUGUGGGGUUCAGGGGAACUGGAAUGUGUGUGUGGGAGGCUGGCAUUCUGUGUGGGGUUCAGGGGAACUGGAAUGUGAGGGGAACUGGCAUUUUGUGUGGGGCACAGGUGAACUGGAAUGUGCGAGGGCACAGGUGAACUGGAAUGUGAGAGGGGAGCUGGCAUUCUGUGUGGGGUUCAGGGGAACUGAAAUGUGUGUGAGGCACAGCUGAACUGAAAUGUGGGGGGUGGGGGGAGCUGGCAUUUUGUGUGGGGCACAGGAGAGCUGGAAUGUGUGUGAUGGAGCUGUCAUUGUUUACAGUUACUUUUGCAGAGUAAAGUGGCAUGUUUGUGGAGGGGCUGGCAUUAUGUGUUGGGGAACAGGGGAACUGGAAUGUGUGUUGGGGAGAUGGCAUUUAUUGAGUCAGGAAUUCUCAGCAGGCACCCAGGCAACACCCAGGCAGUGUAAAACCAAGAAAAUUGCUUAAAUACCAUUAUACCAUGCUUACAGGUAUUUGUAAGACAAGCUCCAUGUAAAAGGUGAAAAUUGUGUGUAUUGUGAAAAACACAUUUUCUAAAUUUGAUAAUAGCCCAAGUGUGACAACUUUGUGUGUUUACGGGUAUCUUGAGGUAAAUGAAAAAUAGAAUUAUUUUUUUUAAUGUUGUGUUCUUAGAAUAUUUAUAACAUUUAAAAGUCUACACAUUUGUCAUCAGUUUCAUUCUUCAUGAUGUAAAUAAAAUAUCCAUAACUUCUUAAUCUUUUACAUCCACAAAAUGAGCGAGAGACAAUACAAAUUAGUUUUUCUUACUAAGGAUGAGUAUUAUUAUUAGAGGGGACUAUCUUCCACUCGAACCCUGGUCUAAAUUUUAUUUCUCUGUGACAACGACAAACCACAUCAACUUGAUUAGUAUGUGAUCAUAACAUAGUAGUUUUCGUGAGAUAAAUACUCAAACUGUGAUAGUAUCACUGAUUGACAGAGUGAAUUAACUCUCCUCAGUUUAUAUCUAUAAUCAUAAGCUAACAAAGCUAUAACUAUCUGUUGCAUUAAAACGCAGAGGAUUAUUCACUAAACUCUGAAUUGUAGUGAACUCAUUUCAAAACAGCUUAAUUUAGAGUAAAAUCUGGCUGAUCUGGAAAAAGUUCCCAAACUUGACUACACUGAAAUAGCUUUGCUAAUUUUAGUAACUAAAUCCUAUUUUUGGAAUUGUGUGUUUUUCCAUUUGUUUUUAAAUUCUUUUGAAAGGGGCGGUGCUGUAUACAAUAGUGUUUUGUUUACGGAUGCAAAAAACCUGUACCAUUCUAAUAUUUAGUUGCCUCUGUCUUUUUAAAAAAUAUAUGACAAUGGAAAAUGACAGUUAUAAUCUUGUUUCAUGCAAUGCAGUGAGAUAAGAACUAUUUUUUAGCUUUAUCUGGGAUGAAAUAAGAUAUGCAUACAGAAAUCAGUAUAAUAACUGCCCUCUUGAUUGUUCGAAAGAAUAUUUAGUGGCAUGAAGCAAGAAGAACUCACUGGAGUUUUCCAAGGUUCAUCAAAGGACUUUGACUCUAUUGACCAUAACAGGUGAAGAAGUAAUGUCAACAAUUCCAGUUAUAGCAUACCAUAAAACUACACUAAACAAGGGUGCAUAUAUCACACAGUUUGUGAAGGUAUAAUAGAAGAUAUAUCUCCGAUAAUAAAGAUAUAGGGUUCUAAAAAGAAACUGCUCCUAAACACUAGAAAAUAAUUUUUAAUGUCUGGAAUAAAACACUUAAUGGGAUUUUUUUAUAGUUACAUAGGCUGAAAAGAGACAUGUGUCCAUCAAGUUCAGCCUUCCUCACAUUUGUUUUUUGCUGUUAAUCCAAAGGAAGGCAAAAAACCCAGUUUGAAGCACUUCCAAUUUUGCACCAAACUAGGAAAAAAAAUCCUUCCUGACCCCAGAAUGGCAGUCAGAUUCAUCCUUGGCGCAAGAAGCUAUUAUAGUUGAAAAAAUAUAUCAUGAAAUAUGUUUUUGUAAGUAUGUAUCUAGUUGUUGUUUAAACAUCUGUACAGACUCUGAUAAAAUCACUUCUUCAGGCAGGGAAUUACACUUGUGUGUAAAUGUGUAAUUCAAUUACACAUCCUUGAAUUACAAUUAUUUUUUCCUGUGGAAUCCUUUUGACAUAGUGUGUCAACAUCAAAGAAGCCCCAGUGUGUAUGAAUCUGACACACACACACUCAGAUAAACACAUACACCACACACAUUGCUGAGCCCUGCAGACAGCAAGGCAUGGCAACCCCUUUAAUAGACCUGGCUGGGAACUCACAACUCCAGCAUUCCAGUCAGGUUCUCUACCAUGAUAUCCACCAGGGGGCUUUAGUUUUUGUUUGCUUUCUUCUGCUUCCUGACCCUUUGCCUGGAUGAAGCAGCACUGAUCCACCUGCAACCCUUUUCCAAUUAGGGUCAGCUGCACCUAAUUAGCAGGCUGUAAAAGCCAGCCCUGCCUGAGACCUAGUAUCUGGUCAUUUUGCCUGUUUGGUGUUUCCUGCCGGAGCGCUGCUUUGCUACUGACUGAUUUCCUGGACUCUGACCUCUGCCUGCUUUACUGACUACGUUACUCCGCUGCCAGCCCUGACCUCUGCUUAUUGUCUGACCCUGCCUUUGGAUUUCCCCUUAAUCUGUACUGCGCUACUGGUUUUUCCCUCCUCCCUGUGACACACAUAAAGCACUUCAGCUUGUGACCAUUUAUAAAAUUAGGGGGAGUAACACUUCACUGACUGUCAGUCAGAAAGCCAGGGGGAUUUCCUUCUGCAUCUGUAUGCUACAAAAAUCUAAUAGAAGUGACUGGUGCACUCUAACCAAACUAACUUAUACAUAUCUUGGUAUGUAGCUACGUCAAAAUCAUGUAUUUCCACUUAAUAUUGGUAGGCUCUUAUCCAGAUGCCACCUAAAAUUGUUGCUCUGUUCAGAAAUAAUUUCUGUUUAAAUUCUGUGAUAACCUAAAGAUUUGAUGCUCCAUCCAUCCAUUUGAUGCAAACACCCUCUGUACUUCGGAUAUCCUGAUGCAACACUUUUCUGGUUUUAGGGAAAGGCUGGUGGCUUGGAUCCAAUACAGUAUUGUCCCUAAGUGUUGCAAGUGUUCUUCUCAUCCAAUGCACUCUACCCCAAGACAAGUGUCAUGUUAUGGCUGUGAUAAAGGGCAAGACCCCACUCAAUUUUGAAGAGUCCCAACUGACUUUUUAUCAAGAUCUAACUAAAGCUACGCUACAGUGGAGGAAGACACUCCGCCACGGGGUACUCCACAAUCCUUCAUCGUCACUUAUAAAGGUGCCACAAAAUCACCUCAGGAACUGAAGCCCCUGCACUACUAUCAACUCUAGGUCUCUCGAAUAUGACGACAACCACACCCGGCUAGAACACUUCCCCGAUCUGGGAUCACACCAAGGACCAGACGAGAAGAACUUCUGGCUACUUGACGGGUUUGGAAGGAGAAGUCUCCUAUCCCAGCUUGAUCAAAGGCUAUAGAAAGUUAUCAGUUCUACAGUUUAUUUGUACUCUCUCUUUACUUCUCUACUUCACUACUGCCGACUACCAUAUUGGUUGAUUGGCUCUAUUGUUGCUACAUUGAUACGAACCAGGCGCACUAGUGUAACAAAGCGAGGUGUACUGCAACACAGUGCGCAAACCCCUCCCCCCCGACGACCCCUAGGUUAGGGUCGCUACCCCUCCAGAGUAGCCUACACAGCACAUGGAUGUACUAAACCUCCACGAGGAGGAAGAGCUUUCACACAGUCUACUCUCACGCAUCUCUAAUCGAAACUACAUCUAAAUCGCUCCCCAUAGGUCUAAAAGUAUACACCUGUAUACCUGACAUAAAACAUCCACUAUGGAUCAUACCACCACUACCACUACAGAACCUAGAUAGCGGCAUUUACUAUUCAACAAACGUACAUUAACUCACUACUGUAUCCUGAUACCGCCUAGGCACCCACGCAUGUUAAGUUUAAAUACAUUUUUUUUUUUAAAGUGCUAAGUUGUAACACACAAAUUGUUCAAUGACUACUGUUUAACACUGUAAUGUACAUCAGUGUGUAUGUUAACCCUAUCUUCUGCUCACAGCACGACAAAAUAAAUAAUUAAAAAAAAAAAUAACAUACGGAUUUGUACUGCAAAUGUUGAUGCUGCAGUGUGAUUAUAGUACCUAUUACUGUGAACUAUCUUAACUGAUUACUACUCAGAUUUCAAAGUACCUUUCACCUUGCUUACCAGAUUCAUAACCGUUUCUCUGGUAAGCUCCUGCUGGCUCCCUACAUCCAUAUCACCUUAGGUCAUCUUCCAGCAUUUUACCCUUUCAUCCCUGUUACAAAAACUAGGUCAAGCAACGUUCUCGCACAGAGAUUUUCAACAAUGGAAAAACCUACAAAGGAAACAUCAAAAAUUUCACACAUUUACAUUUUUUUUAAGAGAUCUGUCUUUCUGUGUAUGUAUGCAUGUACCAGCUGUUAAAGGGGCUUUAUAGGCUAUGAACCCCAGAUUCAACCCUUCAGUUGAAAACAAUGUUUUCAUUGCAGGGUUAACCAACUUCUAGUGGUAUAUACUGUUAUACACCUGCGCUACAUCUAGCUUCUCCUGACGGAUGUCUUCACAAAACUUUGCAGGUCCAAUAUAAGACAUGCUCAUUAGUUAAGAGGGCUAAGCUGCCUCUUUCAGCCAAUGAAAGCAGCCCGCUCAGUAGAGCUAACCAGAUUCUUCUGCAUGGGCAACCCAAAAGCAUUCCCUCAGCCAUGGUCACCCAGCAGGACCAGUUAACUGGUCAAACCUUUCUAAAAUGGUUAAACAAAAUCACUCGGGAGGGUCCCAAGACAUGCCUGGCGCCAUAACCAAUACAGUGGGCAGUAAUGGUUAUGGUACUUGGAAUGUUCCUUUAACUAAAAGUUUAAAUAUGUAACCCUGUGGCCAUAUUGUAAUAUCUGUCUAUCCUAAAUCAUACCUGGGGGGAAAAAACAACAAACAAAUGUAUAUAUUUUUUUCUAGUAAAAUUAUUCUUAUAAAAAUAGAAAAUGAAGACAGCAGUCAAAACACUGAGGGAUAUAUAUCAAAGAAAACUGUAGGAACUUGUAGCUUGCUGGCAUCAUAACCCCUCAAAUAAGCAGUAGUGGGCUAAGUUAUGGUGCUUCGAGCAUCCCCUUCAUAUACCCCUUUUUUGGAAUCUUGCGUAACCUGCAAGUUAAGCUCCUCCAUUAGUUAACUACCCUUGCAAAAACAUAUCAUAUUAGUGCCCUCAAUGAUAACUACCGUACUGUCAGUCUCGCUAAUAAUUUGUGUUUAGUUUAUUUAAUUCAGUGCGCUGUGGCAGUUAACAGCAUGGUACCAUGGUGGUGAAUAAACAUAAAAUUUAAUUAAACUUGCAUACUUGUGUACUGAUUGUGAUACAAUGACAGAGUCAACAACAGUAUGCAAUGGAAAACCAUUUUGAAAGACAUUAUGUUGAAUUGUGUUGUAAUUUCCCAUAACAUUAUUAAUUACAUUUUUGGCUGUAUUACCUUAUAAUUUACCUUGGUGACGACUUGACUAACACAGGAGCAUUGUGCACACAUUAAACUGGUUCUGCAACAUGAAAAUGCCCAUCCUGGAUUGUGUUUAUUUGAGCAAGGUCCAAUCCGGUUCUUUAGUUACUGAUUUUAAAUUGGAUUUACAGGAAAAUUUAGAUCUACCUCUAAGGGUUACUCCACGCACUAUGACCACUUCAGUGGCUUUAAGGUGAUGGUGCUUGGAGUCUUUAUGUGCAUUGUGCAGUGCUUCAUUAAGAAACACGGCACAUACAGAGACAAAGCACUUUGUAAGAACUUUGCAAGUAAGGUUAUUUUUAAAUAAAACAUGGUUUUUAACUGGAGUUACCCUUUUACUCCUUAAGGACCAAACUUCUGGAAUAAAAGGGAAUCAUGACAUGUCACACAUGCCAUGUGUCCUUAAGGGCUUAAAUAUGAUUAUGUGCAUAUUCAAAUAUAGAAAAUUAUGAUUUAAGUUACAAAAUAAUUAUCAUAAAUAGGGCUACCAUCAGGGGGUGACAGCCUUUACUUUGUUAAGGGGCCGGCUGUGCCUUGUGGCCUGCUAGUGCUAGGCAGUUCAGUUGGGGAGCCAUAGAUAUUUCCCCUAGCUAGAACUGUAUUCAGGAUUUGAGGCAUAGCAGGCCCUCUUUAUCUCCCCUGCACUGAAUCACUGGGAGGAACUAAUAUCCUCUUGGCGCUUAAGGAAGCAGCAUGGGAGGGAAGGUAAAUCUCUGUACUGUACCAGGUCGGGUGCAGCGGGCCUUUAAAAGCCUGACAGAAUUAACAUUAGUCAUACAGAAUGGCUAAUGACACCCCCAACGAUGCUGCUGGAGGUAGAGUCACAGUCUCCAACACUACUGAUUCCAGCUUUGCUAUUUUUAACUGAAAUUUGCAAUUCACCAAGAAUCACAAACAACGGCUGCUUUAUAGAAUCACUCACUAAAGUGAUAUGUCCCAGGAUAUCAAAGUCAAUUUCAAACUUUAGGCCAAAAGUUAAUUCUUCUUUUCAGUUUUGCUAUUUUAGAAUUAUGUGAGAUGUACUUUAAAGGGACACUGUAAGCACCCAGACCACUUCAGCUCAUUGAAGUGGUCUGGGUGCCAACCCCCAUCACCCAGCAAGCGUAAUUAUUGCAGUUUUUAUAAACUGCAAUAAUUACCUGCUAGGGUUAACUCCUCCUCUAGUGGCUGUUUACAAGACAGCCACUAGAGGGACAUUCCGGGUGCUUUGAUGACUUUUGGUUGUUUAAACGACGCUGGACGUCCUCACACUAUGCAUGAGGACCUCCAACAUCCAAUUUUUUUUCCUCAUAGGGAAGCAUUGAAUAAUGCUUUCCUAAAAGGUUUAAUACGAGCGUGGCAUUGCUGUGCAUGCGAAUUAGGUCACGCCCGCCGGCGCACGUCGGCGGGGGAUGAGCAUGAGCGGAGCCUGACCCAGCGGCGCUGGAUUCAGGUAAGUGUCUGAAGGGUUUUUAACCCCUUCAGCAAUGUGGGAUGAGAGGCAGGAGGGAAGGGGGGCACUCCAGGAUUCUACAAUGCCAGGAAAACGGGUUUGUUUUCCUGGCACUGGAGAAUUCCUUUAAAAGACCACUAUAGGCACCCAGACCACUUCAGCUUAAUGAAGUGGUCUGGCUGCCAGGUCCCUCUAGGAUUAACCCUGCCUGCUAUAAACAUAGUUUCAGAGAAACUGCUAUGUUUACCUAUGGGUUAAUCCAGCCUCUAGUGGCUGUCUCAUUGACAGCCGCUAGAGGCGCUUCUCACUGUGAUUUUCACAGUGAGAAGACGCCAGCGUCCAUAGAGCCCGGCGGGAGGGGGGCCCAGAGGGGACGGGACGUAGAGACCCUAUAACGAGUAUGUUUUCCUGGCACUAUAGUGGUCCUUUAUUAAGGCAAUUCUCACUUUAGUAAAUAACCCUGUGAGUAACCCUGUUUGUAAGCUCAUUUGGGCAGGCCAUCUUCUACUGUUCUAGAAUGUCAAUCAUGUUUUGCUGGAGUAUAAUGCUUCAUGUACUUAUUGUUCAGCACUGCGGAAUGUUGGCGCCAUGUGAAUAAUUGUAAUUCCAUUUAAACUGGAAAAUAGGUGAGAUAAUUUUUUUUUCAUUUUGGCUACUUUGUACAUUAAAUGUGCUAUUUCAGUUCUGUAUUAUUACUUAUUUGAGAAAUAAUCUUGCUCUACAACCUAACCGCAAAACAAAAGUAAACUUGUACCAAGCAAAUGACUUGCUCGCACGGGAUUGUGGGUUGUAGUUUGACCGCAGUUUAACCCCUUGGCAUAUUACAGCUACAGAACUACAACUCCCGUGACGUAUCGCGGCAGUCUGUCACAUGAUACAAACGAGCCAAUGAUUUACAAAGGAAUGUUGCGGACAUCAUUGCUUGUCUUCUACGGAAACUAGAAAGAAUGUUUGGAAUCUCGUAGUUUCGGGUUUGCGGGGAGAUUGGAUAGACUUCCUGUUUUCAUGCCAAUCGUAAAAUGGCGACCUACAUGAAUCAUGCGCAGUGAUACAGGAAGCAGCAUGCAGUCUCUGUUUUCUGGGCUACCUGUUUCGGCUGUAUAGGUAACUGUUCGUCAAACUUUAUAUAGUUGUAAUAAUUAUAAUCAUAAGUGUGUGCCACAUGGCUAUGCUUGCACAGUAGAGCAUGAAUUUGACUUUAAAAAAAAUUAAAAAUAAAUUAUUUUUAUUAUUGAGUUACUGUACCAGUCCAUAUUUGUCAUCAUGUAGCUGUCACAGUUACUUGUUUAGUUAUGUGUAUAUAAGACUAAUUGGAAGUUUGAGUUAAUGAAGCGGUCAGUAAUUAUGUAUUUGUGUUUAAUCUGUACAUAAGAAGUGUGUUUUUUUUUUUGUUUACUGUUGUUGGGAUUAUUUAAACUUUUGUCCACAUUUCCUGAACUAAAAGCAUGAUUUAUGCUCCAUAGCCCUUUGACUCAAAAAUGUCAGUAUAUAGAUCCUGGAAGUUUACAUCAAGUUCCUUUCCUGGACAGCUGGUUGGGGCAGUUAGUGAUGUUUUUGUUAAACCAUUUGGGGGGAAAGUUUGAUAAGAAUCGGUACUCUCUCCCACACCCAGAGACUUCCCCCCCCACCUCCGCUUUGUUGAUGCUUCCGUUAAACAUCUGUUAAUGGGUUACCCAUAAUAACCGAAAGUACUAAUCUGCUUCCCUUUCCUAUGGCACCAGGAUAAGGCCUAAUUAUUAUUAUUUUAUUAUUUAUAUAGCGCCAACAAAUUCCAUAGCGCUGUACAAUGGGUGGACUAACAGACACGUAAUUGAGAUCAGACCACUGAUGUACAGGAACAGAGGGGGUUGAGGGCCCUGCUCGAUGAGCUUACAUGCUAGAGGGAGUGGGGUAUACUGACACAAAGGGUUAAAGUAGGGGAAUUAAAUAGUUUGUUACAGAAGGGUUUAUUGAGUGCUUGGUAGGUCAUUUUUGACAGUUGCAGGAACGGAGUCAUGGGGUGGGGGAUGAGAAACCUGCUGACAGUUUAAUUGAUACGCUUUAAUGAAGUGAGUUUUCAAAGAUUUUUUGAAGGAGUAAUAAAUUAGUAGCCCCUGUGCAAUUAGUACUGUAGUAUUUCAUAGUGAAAUGUCAGUAUCUCCGUACAGGAGACGCACAAAGACAAAGUUACUGAUCUCACCCACUACCCCACACUGAGCGACUAUAUCAUAGUUGCUAAGUGACCGUUUAACAAAUUGACUCAUUAUAUAUUAAUAAUGUGUAGAAACUGCAAAAUUGCUUUGUUUUAUAUUUCAGAUUCCAAAAUGGAAGAGACCAGUGACCAAUCAAGUGAAGAAAUAGAUGAGUCUAAUUUUGGUAGUCUUGGUAGAAUUGUACUUCCAAACAAGCACGCAGAUUAUUCAGGUUGAGUAUUUUUUUUUAUUAGUAAUAUUAUUCAGAUCCAAUUUUCAAGAUGAAUUUGUACCUGCUAUGAGUGACAUAUUUUUUGUCACUGUAAGGACUAUAACAUUUCUUCAAUACAUGGAGUUAGCCAAAUUGCUAGCAGGUCUAUGAUUGAAAAGUUUUUGUUUUUUUCCUUCCUGCAGCCCGAUCCUUUCCCCUUGGCUGAUCACACCCCUUUGAUGUGGACGGCACGAGGGUGUGUGCUCUGCUUCCAUUGGCUGUCUGGUGAUGGCAUGCUGUGCAUGCUAGCAUCAGACGUCAAAUUUGCACAGAAUUCACUUAAGCCAGCUCUAGUUCCAGGCUGGCUUAUGGCGCCCCAAUGACAUGGCCAAAGGUGGUGAUUGUGAUAGAAUUUAUCUUGAUUCCAAGGCUCAAGCUUAUAGGUGUCAUAUAAUGAUAUCCUAUAUUAAAAUUGGCUAACUUGGACUCAGGAAAUGCUUGAUGCUUAAAAGGACACUUAAGAUCAUAUAUGUCUCGUUGUGGGAGAAGAUAGCCCCCACGUGAGAUGUCUCUUCCCAGAUCAUUCUGUUCUUUCUCUUUCUCGGAACCUAUUUGUUAUAUGUAUAUGACAUUCAUCACUCCCUUUACCCUUUCACUCCCUUCCUACUACUGUCCUGAGUAUUUGCACGUAAGCGCUUACUUUUUAAUAUAUAAAAACCCAGAGGCUUAUUUUGAAUACCAACAGGUGUCUGAUGUCUAAUUCGCUCUCCUACAAGUGCACUUGUAAAACAAUUUGGGCUUCCUCUGAAUAUAACAAAGAUCAAUAUUUGUAUCAGUGGUACACCCCCAGCAGUGGAGGAGUUAAACUUUGUAUGUGCAGUGUUUUAUAGCAACAGGCACCAUGACCAUUUUAAAUCAAUAAAGUGGCGAUCAUGCUGGGAGUAACCCUUUAUGUUGCGUUCCUGGGCUGGGUUGACUGCAACAUGGCAGUAAAGACUUAAUCUAUAAAGCAAUACGUAUACUGCUAUUUUUUAAAUAAUGUCUGACAUAGCACAACCCCUAUACUAGGAAUUGUGGAAUGGCACUCUUAUAUGGGGGUGUAGUGAAUGCAUGGGCAUUCGUCGGAUCCACAAUACUAUGGUAUGUGUGGGUGAGGCAAUGUUAAGGUCAAUACGUCUUAGUCUAUACCUUUUACUGGCUGCACAGCUGAUGUAUGUGGCCAUCAAGAGUGGAAUUAAACAGAGCGAAGUACCACCAGUUUAAAGCUCUGUAGAAAUAUACGUCUGACGCCAGGCAUGAACCAACUUGGUCACCAUGCAGGGAGUAACUUGAAUGCUGCAACAAACAGCCUGUUUGCCUACCUGAAAGAGUUCUAGGGGAGAGAAAUGUCAAGUUCUUGUUUCCUAUUCAUACAUAUACAUGUGCAUGGACGAUUAGAAAAGAUAAGUUGAUUCCAUAGUUACAUAGUUACAUAGCUGAAAAGAGACUUGCGUCCAUCAAGUUCAGCCUUCCUCACAUUUGUUUUUUGCUGUUGAUCCAAAAGAAGGCAAAAAAACCCAGUUUGAAGCACAAUUUUGCAACAAGCUAGGAAAAAAAUUCCUUCUUGACCCCAGAAUGGCAGUCAGAUUUAUCCUUGGAUCAAGCAGUUAUUACCCUACAUUGAAAGAUUAUAUCCUUGAAUAUUCUGUUCUUGCAAGUAUGCAUCUAGUAGCCGUUUGAACAUCUGUAUGGACUCUGAUAAAACCACUUCCUCAGGCAGAGAAUUCCACAUCCUGAUUGUUCUUACGGUAAAAAAACCUUUCCUUUGCCUUAGACGAAAUCUUCUUUCUUCCAGUCUAAACGCAUGGCCUCGUGUCCUAUGUAAAGUCCGGUUUGUGAAUAGAUUUCCACACAAUGGUUUGUAUUGGCCCCGAAUAUAUUUGUAUAAUGUUAUCAUAUCCCCUCUCAGGCGACGUUUUUCUAAACUAAAUAGGUUUAAAUUUGUUAACCUUUCUUCAUAGCCGAUAUGUUCCAUUCCUUUUAUUAAUUUUGUAGCCCGCCUCUGCACUUUUUCUAGUGCCAUAAUAUCCUUCUUUAGAACAGGUGCCCAAAAUUGCACAGCAUAUUCAAUAUGAGGUCUUACCAGUGAUUUAUAAAGAGGCAAAAUUAUAUUCUUGUCCCGAGAAUGAAUGCCCUUUUUCAUGCAUGACAAUACCUUACUGGCCUUGGCCACUGCUGAUUGACAUUGCACAUUGUUGCAUAGUUUGUUGUCUAUAACAAUUCCCAAGUCCUUUUCAUGUGUUGUUAUCCCUAAUUAGCUUCCAUUAAGGGUAUACAUUGCUUGUGUAUUCUUUACGCCGAAGUGCAUAACUUUGCAUUUUUCAACAUUAAAUUUCAUCUGCCAUUUGAGUGCCCAGUCUCCCAGUCUAUCUAAAUCCCUCUGCAGCAAAGUAAUAUCUUGCUCACAUUGUAUUGUUUUACAAAGUUUUGUGUCGUCUGCAAACACUGAAACAUGACUUUCAAUGCUGUCUUCAAGAUCAUUUAUAAACAUGUUAAAUAGAAGGGGUCCCAGAACAGACCCCUGAGGGACACCACUUGCCACCUCUGUCCAGCUUGAAAAUUUACCAUUAAUGACAACUCUUUGUACUCUGUUUUUAAGCCAAUGUUCUACCCAAGAACAAACAUUUUCAUCUAGACCGAUUUCCUUGAGUUUGAACACUAAUCUAUUGUGUGGAACUGUAUCAAAUGCCUUGGCAAAAUCCAAAAAGAUCACAUCCACGGCAACACCCUGAUCUAUACUUCUACUUACUUCUUCGUAGAACGCAAUAAAGUUAGUUUGACAUGACCUGUGCUUCAUAAAACCGUGCUGAUUUUUGCUGAUAACCAUGUUCUUCUCAAGGAAUUCUUGAAUAUUAUCCCUUAAUAAACUUUCAAAUAUUUUACCAGCCACAGAAGUUAAGCUCACAGGUCUAUAAUUUCCAGGCAAGGAUUUUGAACCAUUUUUGAAUAUAGGAACCACAUCUGCCUUCCUCCAAUCCUCCGGAACACUUCCUGAAAGAAAAGAAUCUUGAAAGAUUAAAAACAGAGGUUCACUUAUUUCUGCACUUAGUUCCUUAAGUACACGUGUACAAUAAAGAUAAUAAUAUAUUAGUUUGUAAGUGUACUCUGCCAUUUCUGGCACAGGUCUAAAUUAAUACAUUUUUACCUGCAGCAUCUAAUUCGAAUGUUAAUGGGGUUCACCAGAGUGCUGACUUGUGUUUAAGCUUCCUUCAUAAAGCUAUAUACAAAAACCAGUGGGAGAGAGCUGCUGGAUUUAUGACAAGCUAUGUGCAGACUCUUGAAGAUCGUACAACAUCACGUCAGAGGCAGGCUCCAGAGGUAGGAUUUUUGUGAGUAAAAGUCAAUGGCUAAUUUUCUCCAUUAUUUUUGCCAAUCUCAAUGUGUGUUUUUUUGAUAAUUGCCAGAUCCCCCAUGGGGGUUUGAGAAUAGGCCUCUACCAGGUAUAUGCAAAAAUAUCUUGUUCCUUCAUUCCCAAAUAUACAAAAGCCAGGAGAGCUUACAGUGGGAUGUACAGGAAACAUCUAUUUGCCUUAAUGCAUCUUGUUCGAAGACAUCCUUUUAGAUAUGCAACGUCAUGGGUACACCUGUUGACAUUCUGAUAUUUUGCAACAUACAAUGGAAUUCAGGGAUUUUUAUAGUCCAUACACAAUAGUAACUCUAGAAAUGCGACACAAUCAAAGACAAGAAAAUAACACAACGUAGACUUAAACAACUUAAAGAUAUGAUAGAUUCAUCUGGAAUGUCCAGAAUUCUUAUUUUCUUUUAUUUUUUUUUGUUGUGCAUUGCAUUACACAGAUGCAUAUCUGUCACUUUAGAAAAAUAAACAGAGUGAUAUUGUACAUAUUACACAUAUACAGUGAUUGUGAUUAUGCACAUUUUUUGUUUUAAGUAUAUCAUGAGUGGAUCCCUAGGGGGCUUCUGUUGAGUAUGGUGCAUGGUACACUGGUGAUUUCUGUUCAAGCCCAGGGAGGGUGGUACAAGAGGUGCAUGUUCCUAGGGCAAUGUAGGGGUUUACAAAUCGACUGUAUUCGCUCAUGAUGGGGGGGGGGGAGGAGGUGACUACCUUCGUGCAUGGCUGACCGGUGGAGGUGUCUCCCGUAACCAAGGGGGUAGCGGGGGGCACAAAUGGUACCACACUGGAUGGGUCCCAUCCGUGGGCGCGAUUUGAGUCCGCCGGGGCUGCCGUCGCCUCCUGCAUGUCCAGAUCUGCGAGGAACGCUGGGAUAUCAGUCCCUGUGGCUAGCUUUUGUAUGGUCCCCUUGUGUGAGACAAGGAGGGAUCGUGGCAUUCCCCACCUGUAGGACACUCCUGCUGCCCGCAGUCGGGUGGUGAUAGGGUUCAGGGAUUUUCGCCAUUGCAGUGUGGCUUUGGAUAAGUCCUGGUAAAAGGACAAUUGUGAGUCUUCAAAUGCAAGUGGGGUCUUGUUCCUUACCGCUGUCAUUAUUUGCCUAUUGUCUUGAGGUAGUGCGCAGCAGAGUAUGACGUCGCAGGGCGUUGUGGUGGGCGUUGGUAGGCGAUAUAGCCCAGCGAUGUUAAUUUUUUUUGCGGUAGCAGGUGGCAGCACUGAGGCCAGCAGCCUUCUCACGUAGUGUGGCAGUUCCUCCUGAGGGACGGUGGCCGGGAUGCCCCUUAUCUUUACGUGGUUGCGGCAGUACCUGUCCUCCUGCACUGCCACCUGUAGUGAAAGAGCCUGUUGGGUUGCUUGUAGUUGGAGUAUAGAUGCUUGCAUGGUGGAGGUGUCUUGGCGGGGCUCUUUAAUAUCUGCUUCAGUUGCCUCCAUUCUGCCUGUUAGUUGUGGCAUGGAUGAUUUUAGGAUGGGCAGGUCAGCAGUGAGGAGGCUUUGAAUAUCCUGUAGCAUAGUGUAUAGGAUUUGGACGUCCUGUUUGGUUGCAGGUUGUUACCUGCUGAUGCUGUGGGUUGUUGCUGUGUGUCCUCUGCUGGGCUCUGUAGCUGAGAUGUUGCUGAUGCAGCUGUGUGGGGAGCCCUCAGUGAAGUUGGAUAUUCGUCGGCCUCCAUCUUGGCUGAGGUGUGCAGCUGGAGCAUAGCUCCGAUAUCCCUCUGUUCUGGUGCAUUACCGGGUGUAGGUUUCUGGUUUCUGCGCCCCAUGGAUGUAUUGGCAGGUGCUGUAUGAGUCGACCAUAGCUCUGCUGCGUCUCCCGCGAGAUCCCCGCUCCAGAGAUACUCGAGGUCGCGGUAGGUGGGCUUGUGAUAGGCCCCGGUCCUGCGUUUUGCCUUUAGGUGCUUCGGGGAGUACUGGAAGGGCAUCUGGGGAUUCAGUGGGGUGUCCCUAGGCUGUAUCUGGUGUUUGCAGGGUCGGAUGGUAGCUAGUAACCGAGAUAACACUUAGAUUGUUUAUUUAAUUUUCGGAGCUGGGAGAAAUGGCGUCCAUUCCGGUUCAGUGCCAGGCUUUGCCCCCCCCCAAUUCUUAUUUUUUUUUAUAUCUUGAAAUUGCACACGGUCAGUGGUACCUUAAAAAAAAAUGGUCCAGGGAUAUCUCCGAGUUAAUGUACAAUAGGUUUCUGCUCUUGGUAUUCAAAUGAUGAAACCAGGACCAACUUGCGAGUGAAUCUGCAUCACAGCUAUCUCCAUGUUGACUAACUUCGACAAACAAAAACUGUUUGGUGAUUUUCUCAUAAUUGCAGACUCAAAAUAUCUGCUGUGGUGUUUUGCUAUGUGCGUUGCAUCGGGGGAAAUAAAUGUGUAUCUUGUAUUGACAGAUCAUUUGGAGGUUAGGGACUGAGAUUCUGUUAAAUCAUCCUAAAAGCAGCGUGGACGAAUUAAACUUGUUCCAUGAAAGAAUGAAAAACAUUGGAGUGAAGAAUUUUCUUCAGGUAAGGGAAUAUAUUUGUUUAUAGCCUUGUCUAUAAAAACAAAAGUUCCGGGGGGGAAAAAAAUGUAUCAGGAACUAUAUGGGUCUUCAUUUUUGCUGAUUCCAAUUAUUGAAAUAACUUGAAAAAUAAGCAACCUUUAAUCACCUUAUUGCCAUUACUAGCUGUAUUAUUUUUGUGGUGUGUGUAUGUUUCUAUGGUUACAUGUCCUGAUACGUAAAACCAUAGAAUUAAGAGGGUGUACUUUCUUUUUUCCAUGUCUGUGUAUUUGUGUACAUAUGUAUAUACACAUUAUAAGCCAAUGCUAUUACCUCCAUCCAAAUGUAUAUAUUGCAAGAAGAGGCAUACUCAGGGGUUUGUAACUUCAGUAAAGUGAUGCUGUUUAUUCAGCUAAUAUAUAAAUCCAAGUCGGUGUUUCAGGCUCUGAGAGAGACCUUUUUUUUUUAAAAUCUUGAUUAAAGUCUCUUUCAGAGAUUGAAACAUCGACUUGGAUAUAUGUAUUGACUGACUAAACAGCAUCACUUGAAUUACAAAAGCAAAUACAAAUAUACAAAGUGAAGUCCUGCACUCAAACUCCCACUGCUCCUGGGCAGCUACAAUGACUGUAUUAUACCUCAGCUCCAAUACAUACAAUAAAAUAAAAUAAAACAGGCCAUUGAAGUGAUACUAAAAAAACUCAUGUUAUUCAAGUGUGCCUAGGAAUUUGGGAUAGUGGGACAGUAUCUCUUUUUUGGUUUUUAUCCUAUGGAUUGUGGUUGAUGUGUACUGUAGUCAAUGCUGCCGCCCAAGAGUAGUGGGAGUUUGAGCGCAAGACUUCAUUUUUUAUAUUUGUAUUUGCCUUUGUAUCACACCGCUAUGUUGCAGUGCUGCUGGCCACCCAAUGUGUUCCAUGUUAAGGGUUAAUAAGUAUGCAGAGGUUUAGAAAAAAUACCCCUCUCUGUCUCACUAGAUUUUUAUUUUUAUUUUUUUCUUUACCUGAAACUGAAACCGAAACCUUGACAUGGCAGAUGAGCUUACACUUAAAUGGCCACUGGAGUGAUUCUAAAAAAAACAAAAACUCCAAUGUGCCUAUGGAUUUGGAAUAGUGCACAAGUAACUUUUCUUUAGCAUCACUUUAUUGUUUAUUGAAGUUACAAAUCUUUGACUAUGCUUUUUUUUUAAGUGUGUGUGUGUGUGUGUUAGUUAUGUUAUGUUAUAUAAAUGCAUAAAGUUUUCCGGAAAUUACCAUAAUGCUGCAGUUCUUUACAUAAACCAUUAAUUGGCUGAAAUGCUCUCCAAUUUAAAACUAUGGAGAUAAUUGUGCAUGGUUUCUCAUGCAUGUUGGGUACAGGCGCACAUGUUUUCCUUCCUAAAGAAAUCACUUGGACAAGUAUAGUUUUACUACAAGAAUCACUGAUGUAGGAAAGUGUAUAUAGCAUUACCUGCAUAGUAUAUUCCGCCAUUUUUCCCUCUUGGAAAUAGUGCUAAUUUGAGCAUAUUGUGUAUGUUGCCUAGCCACGAACAUAAUUGAACUUGUAAUUCUUCAGCAUCAGAGAAUCUAUCUUUUUGUCCCACCAUAGCUUGUUUUCAGUGACCUUUGGAGAAUUCUUAGGUAAGUUAAAGUAAUAAAAUAGUCCAUUUUUUUUUUGUUUAGUUAUCUGUUACAAAUGACCUAUAUUAAAACUGUCACAAAUUGCAAACUCUUCUUGCCAAGUACACGAAGUGAUCUAUUUACUAAAUUAAUAUCUACAACAGUUCCUGAAAAUGUUCAUGCUAUUGAAGCCCAAUCUCCCUACUCCCUGAUAUUAUCUACAACAGUAUAUCGGUUUGUAGAACUGUAUGUGUACACAGUGACACCAAGUGGUGGAUUGAAAAUUUGCAGAUAUAAUUUCUGUUCUUUUCUGUUGACAUUUCACAUGUUAAAGGACCACUAUAGUGCCAGGAAAACGAGUAUGUUUUCCUGGCACUAUAGUGCCCUGAGGGUGCCCGCACUCUCAGGGUCCCCCUCCCGCCCGGCUCUGGAAGGGGGAAAGGGGUAAAAACUUACCUUUUUCCAGUGCUGGGCGGGGAGCUCUCCUCCUCUGAUCCUCCUCUUCUCCUCCCAUGCGGCUGAAUGCACACGCGCGGCAAGAGCUGCGCGCGCAUUCAGCCAGUCACAUAGGAAAGCAUUAUCAAUGCUUUCCUAUGGACGCUUGCGUGCUCUCACUGUGAAAAUCACAGUGAGAAGCACGCAAGCGCCUCUAGCGGCUGUCAAUGAGACAGCCGCUAGAGGAAUUGGGGGAAGGCUUAACCCAUUCAUAAACAUAGCAGUCUCUCUGAAACUGCUAUGUUUAUAAAAGAAUGAGUUAAGCCUAGCUGGACCUGGCACCCAGACCACUUCAUUAAGCUGAAGUGGUCUGGGUGCCUAGAGUGGUCCUUUUAAUUAAUAUUGUAUUGUUAGGCUGUUUAACACUAAGUAUAUGGAUAAAAUUAUUUAGCUAUUCAGCCUUCCAGCGGAUACAUCAGCAGUGCUUUCAGAAUCUGUAUUGGUUACAUGAAUGAGUAAACCAGUAAUACCUUUUGUAUGUUUACAUUCAAAUAUAUACUAAACAUAGUCAUUACAGUGGAUGCUUGCACCGGAGAGAACAACAUUAACAGUUUAUUGCAUUUUAAUUCCUUUGUAAAUAUAGAAUGUAUGUAUUUUUGUUUAGUUUAGUUUUGUAUAUACAAGUUGAGAAUAAUAUAUAAAAAAAAAAAUUCUCAGACCCCUUGGAUGUAUAUACCCUGUAAUUAUUUUAAGAACUACACUUGUGUGUCAUUGCUUAUAGAAGACUAAAUAUUUGCUUACAAUCUAGACCAAAUGUUCAGUAAUGAUUUAAGAACAGAGCAUUUUAAUUACAUGGUGCUUUUAGACUUCAAAUAUUGCCUUUGAAAACUUCACAUCAGCUUUGGACUCUGUUAUAUAUCUUGCAGAUAAGUCUUGAACAAGCAUUUUACUUGCUGUGCAAUGGCCAAAUUGAGGACGCUUCCAGAGUUUUAAUGGUUGCAGAAAGCUGGAGAUUCGGAACAUUCUCUGCUUCCCAGAACAAGUUCUUUAAACUUAUACAAGCAUACCGAGCUCUGCUGGAUUACCGGGCUUGGUUGGACAAAAAAGCCUCAGUGACUGAGGGUGGUAAGGAGUGAUAAGAAGUAAACUAGGGGUGAAGAUUGUGUUUGUUUUUUUUGUUGCUUUUGUUGUUUUUCUUUCUUUUAUAUAUAAAUGUCACUACACGCAGAUCUGUAAUAUAAUGUUUCCGUAAUUCUUGAAUCACCAACAAUAUUGUCCAAGUUAGUGCACUCAGUACUGACACUGUUUAGAUUUUUCUGUACCUAUAUCGGUAGUGUCCUCAUCAUUUAAAUGAUCACUCCAACCACCAUGACCACUUCAGUGAUUUGAACUAGUCAUGGUGGUAGGAGUCAGUGUGUCCAGUGUUUCAGCUUGGAUCACUGAACACACUGUUUUUUAUUUUUAUUUUAUUUUUUAUUUUUAAUUGUAUGCUGGGGGCAAGUUGCAUCCCCAGCACAAGUGACUUAGGCAGCUCAGAGUUCUGUUCUGGUCCACCUAGUGUAAAUUCUUUGCAUAUUUAGUGUCGGGGUAAAUAGUUUACCCCGCCCACCCCUCCCAUCUCCCUCUGCUACUCUUAUUGAACCUUCUUUUUUAAAAUCUUUUUUUUUUUUAAAUUACAUUCUCCCCCCUCCCUUUGCCUGGUAAAAUUGCGGUCGUUCAUGUGCUUUGAGACCGCUUCGGUAUCAGUUAGGUUAGUGUCUUAGUGAAUCAAUAGUCUAGGUCUGUUUUAGUGUGUAUUUGGUUCAGCCAAUCAGAUUACAUCUGUGUUCCAGAUCAAUGUCAAUAACCAGAAAUGAAUAGUUGAGAAUAUGACUAAAUGCCCAGUCUACUGAAAACUGCAGAACCUUCGGGGAAAUAAAACUAUUAUAUUAUUAUAUUAUAUUAUAUUUUUAUAUAAACCACACUUAAACUUUUGAAAAAAAAAUUAAAUAAAUAUACGUCAAAUUACUUGCCUGUUUGCUCUCUUAACAAGAUAUUCCAAGCACAGUUACUUGUAGUGGUCAUGGUCCAAGGAGGCUUGGGGGAAGUCAAAUUAAAUAGAAUCUGUCAGGAUGCAAACCGAUCUUAAAAUCCGUUUUAUUAAAUUGCAUGCAUUUUACAAUACUCUCCUGGUGGGUUUUGUGUGAGGACUCCAUUUCAAAAGAGGGGCAGCGCACUCUUCGAGGAAGUUUUUAUAUGAAACACACUAAGCUGUUACAAUGCCCCUUCUUCUGUGUCCUCCAUUUUAUCUUUUUUUUUUUUUUUUUUGGUUUUCAAGAAAAUGUUUAUAAUCACAGGCUGGCAUAUUGUGUUGCUGAGAAUUUAUUUGACAGGUGCUUAACUCUGGGUGCUAAAGAAUCUCUAACAGGAUUAUUCACUUUACCCAGAAUAUUUAUGAAUUUAUUUCAAACCGCAAAACUUAUGUAAAACUAGCUGAUUUUGAAAAGAUUGUCCUACUUGGCUAUUGUCACGCCUUAAUUAUUUUUGCUUCUGUUUUACCAUUUGGACCACUUGAAAAAAAACUGUUUCACCAAAAUGUACUCAAAUCAUUCUUGUAUGGCCACUGCUACAUUAUACAGUGGUUAUGGUGCCACUGUGCCCCACUCCCCCAUAUUUUAGGGAGUCAAAUUGUUUCCAGAAUGGACUGACAUCCCACUAGAGCGCACGGAGUGCUGUAAGCUCCUGCUUAGGGACUUCCAUUAGCUUUCCUCAGCUAAGCGCUGAUAGCUAUUGCUUUCAUUUGGUGGAGCGUACAUUAUAUUUGACAUGUUACUGGACAAGACCUUAAUAAUGGAGAGUGGGUAGUGUUUAGCGGAACAUUCAUUAUUAUUAUUAUUAUUAUUCCUCUUCCCCUGACCACAAAGCACAUUCUGAUGUUUCUUUUUCACUCAAAGUGUUCCUUUUAUACAAUGAAUUGAUAAUAUUUCCCACCACAUUAUUCCUUAAUUACCGGUAAAUGAGCUCAUAUGAUGUCUGCCGUACAUGCAGACUGACGUGUGAACCUGCGAGAUCUCGUGAAAAUUACUGCUUAUAUAAUAUAAGUGUGUUUUAUUACAAAAAAUGCAAGCCAUAAUUGUUGUAAUGCUUUAGUGUUUUUGCAAACUCUUUUUACAAAAAGAAUAUAUGAAAAAAAAAUUUUUUAAAUUUUUUUUUUUUUUUUUUUCCCCUAUCCUAGAUUCGGAUUUUGCUUCUCACUCUUCUACAGCUCAAGAAAUAUUUGGUUUGUACAAGCAAGCAACCACCUCUUUUCAAGAAAUCCUUAGGUUUCCAGGCGUUUGGGAUCCUUUUGUACAGUGUUAUGUUGAUGUACGUCUUGAGUUUAAAAGCCUUCCCUUUGGAAAGUGUUUUAUUUGUUCUUAAAUUAACUCUGUCACCCCUGUAACUCGGCAGAAAUUCAGGGUUUAAACCAUUUUCAAGCUGUUUUAAGCCAGAAGUUGGUCCAUCUACAUUUGAUUGCUUUGGCUUCUUUGUGUGUUCCAUCCAGUCGCUGCCUUCUCCAGGAAGGUAUACAUCGCCAGCUGCUUAUUGGCUGAGAGUGUCAGCUGACACUCUCAGCCUAUCACAUGACUAUUUAAACAUUGCUUCUGAGCAUGCUGGAUGGAUAGAAACCCAAAACUUCACACAUUUAAAAGUAAUCUAGGAUGAUUUCAUUAAAAGGGCACUGGUUAUAACGACUGUGUGCUGUACCAGUGUUAAUUUUGGCAGCAAAAUUUAAUUUCGUUUUAGUCAAAGUCCUUUGUCUUAAAAGCCAUUUUAGUUUUAGUCGUAUUUUAAUCAUCUGAAUUGUUUUUGUUUUAGUCGACUAAAUUAAAUGUUUUUUGACUAAAACCUGAUCAAAAUUGACACUGUGCGUAAACACCUUCCACAGUACUUACUAGACCAUGGGUAGUCAACCUGGUCCCUACCGCCCACUAGUGGGCAGUGUUGGAUUUCAGAUGGGCGGUGGUGGGUUCUGCAGAAAACGCCCAGUGGGUCUCGAUGGCUAUGGACCAAGGCAAGCAGGGGAGAUUCUUUCAUCUCCCCUGCCAGCCCAUGCAGAGCAGGGGCGGAUCCAGAACCUAAUCUCGGGAGGGGCACUGGUAGAUUAUUUAAAGUAACAAUCCAGACACAAUAACCACUACAGCUCUAUGUAGUGGUUAUGGUGCCAGGAGUGCCGGUGCCCUCCCAGAAUAAGUAGUCAAUCCGUUUUAGAACAGUUUGACAAUUUAAUUGGAGACUGCCGGAAUAGGGGCAGUAGUGUGAGGGGUGCACAUAGCCUGCCCCCCUCACACGCGCGCUGCCCUUCUCACACACAGACUGCUUGCUCACACACACUGCUCUCCUCACAAGCAGUGACCUUAUCACAUACGCCCAGCACCUCACACACUGCACACAGCACCUCACAGACACACAUAGAAAAAAGGGAAAAAAUAGAUAAAUUUAAGUACAUAUUUAUUUUGAUUUUUUUUAAAUUAAAAAAAAUUGCUCUUGCACUAUAAAAUUAAUGACUACGGCACAGAAAUUAUACCAUCAACAAAGGUACAAAAGUGGGCAGUAGGUAUUAAAAGGUUGAUUACACUUGGUCUAGACAGAAGAUGCAUUUUGUUGUAUGUCUAUCAGCUAUCAUUAUUUUUUUAACUUCUAUUUCUGUUCCUCUCAGCUUCUUGAGUCUUCUGGAGAGAAGCAUAAGGUUGAAGAACUGUUGAAAGAAUAUGCUUAUAAUAACAAGAAUCCUGCAAAUCCCAAUGCCCAUGUGUACUUGUAUGAGUUCUUAAAGCGGAAUGAGGCAACAAGUGAAAAACUUAUCAAUGUCUUGAAAGUGAGUUUAAUGACCGUGAUGUCUACAUUUAUAGUAUAAGGCUUAGGAAAAACAUCAAAACCUGUAUUUCAAAUUUUACCCAAAUGAGAAGAAUAAUGUUGCUCGUUGUAGGAUGCUAAACACAUCCCAAAAACUAUUUAUCUAUUGCUACUCUUGUUGUGGACUAACAAGUGUGAAAUCAAAAUUCAUUGUAUUACUUUAUUUGCUGCUCUUCUGGACAUGUUUCAAAUGUUCCACUUCUGGUUGUUGUGAUGCAGAUAACUGAACUUGUGUCACUCCCUAAAAUGCACACGCGGACUGAAUAGUGUAGAUGGGUUACUAGAUUUGCACCAAGAAUUAAUGUAAGACUUGUCGAAUAUCGCAUGCUUGCCCAUUCAGCUCUCAAUAUUUGUUGGUUAUUAUUAUUAUUGGUAUUUAUAUGGCACCAACUUAUUCCGCAGCGCUUUACAAUAUUAUGAAAGUGGGGGAAAUUUAACAAUAAAUGAUACAGAAACAUUAGGUAGAUGACGAUCCUGCUCAAAUGAGCUUACACUCUAGAGAAAGUAGGAUAUAAAAACACGAUUGGACAGCAAGGGCGACCGCAACCAAACAAGGUGGGAAAGUAGCAGAACUGGAGGUGAGAGUGGAGUGUGGCUCUUUAAGAGAGAGCAAGAGACAGAUCUGUGACAUUGAAGUUACUCUGGGAGACAAUAAGCAUUUCUGAAGGUAUAGUUUUUGAGGUACUUCUUAAAUGAUAGAAGACUAGGGGAGAGUCUGACGGGGGUAGGCAGGCUGUUCCGAAGAACUGGAGCUGCCCUUAAGUCCUACAAGGUUUGGUGAGCUGAGCCAGCAGCCUUUACUCUAAUCUGUUUUCAUGAUAACUUGUGGUUUUAGAUUUUUAUAUAUAUACCUGCUAGUGGGACUGUCACAUGCCAAUCCCUGUGAACUGAAAGGCAGUUCCUUAAGGAAUUAAUCUUUGCAGUCAGGUUACAUACUGUCUAUUCUAUACUCAUUUGGAUAACUGCAGAGUUAUUGAUCACCUUGCUAGCUAUGCCUAGAGGUGUCUCCGCUUCACCUAUCAGAUUCCCAAUGAAAACUGAAAUUUUAAUUUAGGGUUACUGUAUCUCUAAUGGUAAAAUAGUUUAUUAAUUAAAUAAAUGUUAAGGGGAAUUCCUGACAUCUCCGAUCUGACUACCCUUGUAUGUAGGUUUGGUCUGUUAUUCAAAUUGCAAAGGUUCCCUCUCUAAUCGCUUGAGUGAGAUCUGAGCAGGGACUAACUGAGGACAAACUACAACAUUCUCCAUUCUCCGAGUUUUCAUAUAUUCUGUUUUGGUGGGUCAGAAACCAGCAAAGUCUCAGCGUUUUCCAAAGUCCGGGGGGGAGGUGGGGGGUCAUCCUGUGUUAUUUUAAAGAAUCCGCUGGCAUACAUGCCCUACAUCUGCACAUAGAUCAAAAGCUCCAUUAGGCAUGGUCCCAACAGAACAACUUAAGUUUAAAUUACAAAGAAAGAUGUAAAUGUCGCAACAGUGAAGUAUAUAAAUAUUUCCACGUUUAUAAAGCAGUAUUUGGUUAGCUGCCAAUGUAUCAAACUUCACAGAUGAAUGUUUAUGGCCUAAAUUUGCCAUAUAAAACCAAUAAUGGGGUCCUGUGAGACCAGUUUCUUACUCCAAUUGUGUAAUUUUUAUUGCAUAUCUUAACGAAAACCACUUGAAAGUAAAUAAACACUUAUUUAUAAAAUAAAAAAUAAAAUCAAUAAUGGUUAAUGUUUACUUCAGCUAACUCACAUUUAGACUGUCUGAAGAUACAGAGCCAUAUCCUGGUUCCUCCGUUGGUUAAAAACAAAAUAGGACAUAACUAAAACCAAACCUUUUGUAUGGUAAGCAUGUGAACAAGUAAUCAGCAAGGCGUCAGAAUGGGUUUCUGAAAUUAAAGGAACACUAUAGUCACCUAAAUUACUUUAGCUAAAUAAAGCAGUUUUAGUGUAUAGAUCAUUCCCCUGCAAUUUCACUGCUCAAUUCACUGUCAUUUAGGAGUUAAAUCACUUUGUUUCUGUUUAUGCAGCCCUAGCCACACCUCCCCUGGCUAUGAUUGACAGAGCCUGCAUGAAAAAAAAACUGGUUUCACUUUCAAACAGAUGUAAUUUACCUUAAAUAAUUGUAUCUCAAUCUCUAAAUUGAACUUUAAUCACAUACAGGAGGCUCUUGCAGGGUCUAGCAAGCUAUUAACAUAGCAGGGGAUAAGAAAAUCUUAAUUAAACAGAACUUGCAAUAAAGAAAGCCUAAAUAGGGAUCUCUUUACAGGAAGUGUUUAUGGAAGGCUGUGCAAGUCACAUGCAAGGAGGUGUGACUAGGGCUCAUAAACAAAGGGAUUUAACUCCUAAAUGGCAGAGGAUUGAGCAGUGAGGCUGCAGGGGCAUGUUCUAUACACCAAAACUGCUUCAUUAAGCUAAAGUUGUUCAGGUGACUAUAGGGUCCCUUUAACUGUUACAUACUAUGGCUUCAAGGCUUGAUUUUAGUAAUAAUGGGCAUGAUGUCAAAAUGGCAACAAGGAAAGUUCUUUGGAGCGUAGAGACUGCUGUGUCCUAAUAACUGCAUGAUUUACAGUUCAGACUUUGGUUAUUUCUUUGAUUCAGAACAAGGAAUCAACUAUAGUACUAACAUAUUUUGUUUAUGUCAUAGCCAUAUUUAAUGGGCUUGUGAAUAUGCAUUUUCUCUUCUGUUACAUCUGACAAUGUUAUUUUAAUGCAGUCCCAGCUGUGUGUUCAAUGUGUAACCAUAUGGGUGGUUCAGCUUUACCACAGUGGAACAAUCAGAACCAAAGAUAUAUCUAUGGAGGCAGUUUGUUAAUAUAUUCUAAUCCCACUAAGAGUAACAUUUGGAUUUUAAGCACAUCUCUAGAAUGUAAGCUCUUUUGAGCAGUGCCCCCAACACCCUCUGUUCCUGUGCUUGUUUUGUUGCAAAACAUGUCUGCGAGUCCACCUAUUGUACAGCGCUAUGGAAUAUGUUGGCGCUUUAAAAAUAAUAAGACUGUAAACGGCAAGAACUGAUCACAUAGGCUUAAUCCCCAACUGUUGCAGAUGCAGACAGCAAAUUGAAAGGGACAAUCCAAUUUUUUGAAAUGGCUAAUUAUUGAGAUAAUGGGGUAGAGACCAUGAGUGGGAAAGCCAGUAAAUAUAGAGAAUGUUUGUUGCUGUGGAGUAGAGGGGUGAAGAGGAGUUCUACUAGUACAGAGGUGAUAGGGUGAUGUAGAAAUAUAAAAUUGUAGUAGACGAGAGAAUGCUGUUGGUCCAUGAAACAUUUACUGACAAAGAUUAAGGGAAGCUUAUGGAUAUGAACAGGGUUGUGUAUAUGGCUGCUGCAUGGGAGGGAAUAGAGUAAAAGGUUUGCAAAGUUUAGAGUCCAGAAACACUACCUAAGGGAGGUCACUUCUGCUCUCCCUUGUCGUCAAUCCUUUGGCACAGAGUCUGUGCCGACAAAUAGACUAGCUGGUGGGGGAAAGGUCUAUUUUAAAGAGUUCUAUUAUUUAUUUAUUUUUUCUCUCCCAACUUAUACAUUUGUUGGCAAAGCUGCUAGUACAACCUAUAGACAAGAUUGUUGUAGCUGGUACCUGUACCAGUAAAAUUCCCAUACCUUUUUUUGGAAGCGUAUUUCCUGCUGAAAGCUGUGAACACGGUGGAAACAAAAUGUUCAAAAUGCGAGUGAUUUGUGCAAUCCCUGUAUCACUUAACAAUGGUGCAUAUUUAGUUAAUAUAAUAGACACUGAGUGAAUGGUAAAUGAUCAGCUUUCCAAAUGUACACCAAAAUAGUCAGUUUGGGGAAACUUUCCCCAGUUCUGGUUAGUUGGAAAUAUUUUCUUCCUGUUUGGGCUAACUUUUUCAGACUUGAAUGCCAACUCACUGUUGAGUAAAGUAGACCCAUUGUAUGGCAGUUACUGAACAGAUAGUUCAGUAAUUAUACAGAUUUCAUACUGCUACUAUUUCUUGUGAAAGUUAGGUUUCUCGUUUUUUGGGGUUUUUUUUGCUACAUUUAUUUGAAACCUUUUGAGAUGAGAAUAAUUGUGUAGUUAGUCAUUAUACUCUUACACUAUUUCUGUUACUGAUAAAAUCAUAAAACUAUGCUUUAUAUGUAUCUAGAUUACUAAGCAAAAUAUCUUAUUUUUCUCUUUUUAGAUAUUACAUUCCCUUGUUCCUUCACACAGACUCAUGCUGGAAUUCAGCCAACUCCUAGCAGAAUCUGGUAUGUACUUACCUUUAUUCCAUGCCAAGGUCCCAGUCAAAUGUCAUAUAAAAUUCAUAUCUUAAAGAAUAACUGACUCACCAAUUCUAAAGCCAACAAUGACCCAAACUAUUAUCAUUUGGAAGUAAACACCACAUACUGUUGUAAAGGCUUAAAGGACCACUAUAGUGCCAGGAAAACAUACUCGUUUUCCUGGCUCUAUAGUGCCCUGAGGGUGCCCCCACCCUCAGGGUCCCACUCCUGCCGGGCUCUAGGGGGAGGAAGGGGUUAAAUUCCUACCUUUUUCCAUCGCCGUGCUCCCUCGGUUCUGGGGACUCUCCUCCUCCUUUGGACCUCAUCGCGCGCAUUCAGCCAGUCUCAUAGGAAAGCAUUCUCAAUGCUUUCCUAUGAACGCUGGCAUCUUCUCGAAGCGCGGAAGCGCCUCUAGCGGCUGUCAGUGAGACAGCCACUACAGGCUGGAUUAACCCAUAGGUAAACAUAGCAGUUUCUCUGAAAAUGCUAUGUUUACAGCAGGCAGGGUUAAACCUAGAUGGUGAGCUGAAGUGGUCUGGGUGCCUACAGUGGUCCUUUAAAGGAACACUCCAAUCCCAAAACCAUUUAAGCGCACUGUAGUGGUUAUCCUGCCAGUAGUUCCCAAAACUUAAUGGGAUCCUCCUGUGCAGCCGGACUGCAUCUGGCUUCUCUUGCAGGAAAAGCUGGUUGUCUCCCCUGAGGUACAGGGCCACUCUUAUUGGCUGAAAGUUCUUAUCUGAUGUUCUCAGCCAAUUAGAACUGCCCUGACUAACUCAGUGGUGCUAAACGUAUUCUGCAGUAAUGCAGACAGUCCAACUGCAGGAGUCUUUAAAAGUCUGAUCUUUCUUUUCCACAGCCUUUCCACUCUCCUAUAAUGGCAGGUGAUUAGAUUGCACUCAGACGAAUAUGUGUGCAUUAGUGGCAUUAUACAUAUAUAAAAUCAGUUAUACAUGUUUUAUACAUAGAGAAGGCUACAUAUUUUUUGACCUUUUAUAUCCAUCCUGCUUUUGUGUUCUGGUAACAUUGUAUUAUAUUACUAAGAUAAGCUUAUCUUUAACUCCAGAGUGCACUAGCUUUGUAUUAACCCCUUAAGGACCAAACUUCUGGAAUAAAAGGGAAUCCUGACAUGUCACAUGUCAUGUGUCCUCAAGGGGUUAGAUGUUGUUUUUUCCCCCCCCCCUCUAAAUUCAGAGUAAGCUCAAGAAUGGACAGAUUGCCUCUUUAUUUUCACAAUGUUUAUUUAUUUUAUCUCAAUUGAUCCAUUUAGCAAAUAAUGUUCUAGUAUAAAUUAGGGAUAGACUGAUUAUCAGUUCCAGUGAUUAUUAAAGCCGAUAUUCAGCAUAUUUCUGAUUAUCCGUGUCCGUUUUGUAAUUUACCGAUUAUUUACUCACCUCUCUCGAUCACUGAACGCCACCUUCUGCAUCUGGAAAAACCCCAGCCAAUAAGGCACCACAUUGCGUCAUCCUCCCUGUGAGUCCACCCAUGCAGAUUUCAGCUGAAGGCAGUGAGUUGAGACAGUGAAUAAUCUACUGUAAUGUACUGGGCUGUUUGACUGAGAGUGAUAGUAGUGUGAUUACUGUAAGCAAUCACAGUCCUAUCAGUAACAGCACUGUUCAUGCUGGCAUCCCAGCAUAUAGUGGAUGUCUGAGAGUGAUUUGAAUCUGAUUGCUGUCAGCAUGAUCACUUAAAGCCAGAUUUGUGUAGAAAUGUUACUUAUGCAAAAUGUUAAAUGUACAGAUUAUUGCCACUGGUUAUCGGCAAUUGGCCCACAAGAUAACAGACAAUCGGCAUAGAUUCUGAAAUAAUCAUAUCAGUCAAUCGCUAAAUCAUUGCUUUUCAACAUUCAGCAUUGUAAUAUUUUUCUCUAUUACUUUCAAUGACCUGCUAUCUAUUUUUCUUCUUUGUACAAUAUGUACUUCUGUGUAAUUUAUCCUUACGCAUAAAAAAAAUAAAUCCAUGUUUUUCAGACUAAAAAAAAUGUAUACAUUUUGUUUAUUUGACGUUUUAUGAUCACAAAUGGAACUUUUUGGGGUGGGGGGGUGGGGGGUGGAAAUAUAUAAUCUAUCUGCUAUAGCCCGUGUGGUCAGCAGGUGAUUGAUGGUUGUCAAGUAUAUUUACUCAGUUGCGGUCAUUCUUGGUUCCUUGCAAAUAUCUUUUUAACCUUUUUCUUGUGCAAUACAUUGUGUUAUGUUUUCCUUUUGUUAAAUAAUAUUCCAUAACCAGCUGCAAUUUGUGUUGACAGACUGUGAGAAACACCAUAAACUUGCUGUGCAGGUUGCGUUUGAUCUGUUGGAUUUCUCAUCCUGGAAGAAAGACGUUAACGCUUGGAAAUGUUUGGAGAGACGACUAAUGAAUGCUCUUAUACGGUAAAUAUAAUGGUCGGGAUUCCAUAGGAUCUUCAAUAUAAGCAACUAAAACCUGGUGACUUACCACACCACCCCUUCCUACAUGUGAUGUACACAGCAUUCCUAAACUUUUCUUGUUAAGUGAGAUCUAACCUUCUUUAUUGCAAAAUCUGUUUCAUUUUGAAUUUGUAAUCUCCUGCACUAUUAAUAGCUUGCUAGACCUUACAGAGGCCUCAUUUAUUUAAUUAAAGUUCAAUUUAUAGAACAGGAGAUAACUUAGUAAAUUAAAGGGACACUAUAGUCACCAGAACAACUACCUAAUGUGCGUGAGUUGCACUGGCCGCGCGCAUUAGACCUCCCCAUAGGAAAGCAUUAUUCAGUGUUUUUUUACCUAUGGGGAAAAUCUGACACUGGAUCUGUGAGGACGUCCAGCGUCAGAUAACGUACCAAAAGUCAGUUUAAGUUUUGGAAAAGCCCCCAGUGGCUGUCUGAUAGACAGCCACAGAGGGCAGAAUUAGAGCUGCAAUGUAAACGUUGCAGUUUCUCUGGAACUGUGCAAUGUUUUAUAUUGCAGCACUAAGUGCAAAAAGGGUGUCAACUCACUUAAUUGGCUUAAAGUGUCCCUUUAAGCUAAAGUUGUUUUGGUGAUUAUAGUGUCCCUUUAAGUCUAAAACCACGUUGAUCACUCGUUGUCAGGGUUUUUUGAGAAACACUGACUUCGUACAAGAUUACGGGUGAUGUCCGCUUCAAUGCCAACAUCAACAGAGGCACAGAUGGAGUCUGCAGCAUAAGAGAUUGUUACUUGUGGGACUAUAUGUUCCCUUUAACCCCUUAAGGACCAAACUUCAUGUCAUGUGUCCUUAAGGGGUUAAACAUUGAAGUCUCUGCAUCACUCUCAAAGUAAUUGUGGUAUCAGUUCACAAGCAAAAUACGUACGUUCUAUCAGGGAAUGCAAUACCUGGUUUCAUUGAGGCAUGGUUUACAGCAGGUAGAAUGCCAGAGGUAGCUUUUGCAUGUCUUACAGAAUGGAUUGUAAUUUCAAUUCAAUUUCAAGCUGCAGCAUUGUUUUUUGUUAUAUUUUUAUUCUGUAGUUGUCUGUAAUCCAUUCCUUUUCUUCUCAGCAAUCACAAAGCAUGGGUAAUGGAUGAAUGGGGAUCCAGGAAGGCCUGGUGGCCUGCUUACCACUUCAGUAAAUGCCAUGCAAGGGAAGAAUGUGAACACAACGAACCGCUAGCAUUACGAAAAGGCAUGGUGGCGGGAAUAUUACUGGGAAGAGGUAAACCUUCAUAGUUCAUAUUUGUUUGCCUUAUUUCUUUACUAUCUUGUUUUUGAAACCGUCUCCAUUACAGAGGGACAUUUUCUGUGUCGAAAUCGAACGUAGUAUUUCAGUGUAACCUGUAGAUAUUUGUUCAGGUAUUUCACACAAGAGUGUCCAUGUUAGCCAUUACAAAAUGUACAUAGAAGCAUAGAACGCUAUGUUUGCAAGUAAAAAAACAAAACCAAAAAAAAAAACGAAACUAUUUUGCUUUGUUGAAAUUAUGUGACGUUUAGCUGUUACAGGAACCUAAGACACUAUUGGUAACUCAAAGGGGUUUGUUCUGACUUGGGAUGAUCACCAUAGAUGUGUGUUUGCAUCCUUGUACAAGUGUUUCCUAGAAGAGGUUCAUUAAGAUAUCUGCUUUCUGUAGUCUAGUAGGUUUGUCUCAGCCUCUGUCCCGGACACGUGUGACUUGCAGAGCCGCAUGUUCAGAGGUUCCAUUUGCAUUUAUUUUCUCUUAAAAUGUAUCUUAAGGUUGUCCCCUUAUGUGCCUAAAUAGGACUCUCAUGUGAAAAUAACAUUUCUAGCUUCAGUUCUCUAAACAACAUACAAAAACCCUUAAAAAUAAAAUUUUUCAUCCACUACACUCUGAACCGAAAACUGAAUUUGAAAAUUGAGGUCAAAGCAGCACAGUUGUAAUUUAGUUUUUUUCCCAAACUACUUUAGCCUAGUAUUUGCAGUUCAGUUUAUGGUGUAGUAAAUAAACCUCAUAACGCACUAUACCUUCUUUGCAUUAUGAGCUUUUGGGGAUUAUCAGCUAAAUUAAGAGAUGCUGAAUAACGCAGUUUAGUUGUGGAGCCCUCAAAGGCACGUUGUGCGAGAGACCCAUCAAUGUUUCGUAGAAAGUGUUUCUAUCUAUCCCUGUUAACUUCUCAUCAACUUUUCUGACAAUUUUCACUUUCUACUCUGCGAAAAUCACUCCAACAUUUCUAUAACUUAUAACCAUGUAGCGGUCAUACUAUGUAUAUAAAGCAAGUCCCAUUUUGGCCCUUAUUAGCUGUGCAAGGCUGAUAGAUUUGGCUGUAAUCUCUGACCUCGUUACAUCAGUAACAGAAUGUAGUGAAAACACAUUAUUUCAUUAUAUAAAUAUUGAUGGAUAGUAUGUUUUUAAUUAAUUGAAUUUAGUUAUAGGAUUGCUAGCCUCCUCUCCUUGUUUAUCUGCCAAAUUCCUGAUUUUGUUUGGCUGCAACACAAAAUUGCAUCACAAAAUAUCAAACGUGGACACUUCUAAGGGAUUCUGUGUCUGACAUUUUAUAGUUUUGAAUCAAUAAAGCUCUUGUAAUGGAUUUCAGAUCUGUCCACGCAUGUGGAGUUGCAGUCCAGCAAAAUGCUUAAAAACUAUAUAAACGUCGCACACAAAUAAGUUAUAGGCAUGGGCUACAUAUGUUCAAAGUCUGUAAUGCCUUUUAGGCCAGUCAUUAGACGUCUGGGUUGGUUUCCAGCUGUAAUCUAUACAUUGUGGUAACAUAUGUAUAGAUUAAAAUUAUAUAUAUCAACUCAGAGGAUCCAAGAUGGCUGCCACAGUGGCAGUUUAGUAAUCAACUGGCUUAGACAAGUAUCUGGAAAUGCCAAACAUUGUUUAGUAGUUUUGCUAGCACAGUGUAUACAUGAAAUAAUUAAAACAUAAGUUUGUACUGAAAGAAAAAAAUUAAAUGGAUAGUUGGCCUGCCACUCCUUAAAUCUUACCUGGUGUAAUUUACUGCACAUUUUUUAACCACCAUAUGCACUUGCGGAAGAUUGUCAUUUUGUGUUUUUAUUAGAUUUGACUACAUAUAAUCUCAUAGAUAAACCACUAAUAUUUGCUGUUUUUUUGUUUUUGUUUCGAACACGACCACAGCACAUCAUUACUUCUCCGCGUUCUGUAUCCUGGGAAGUAAAAUCCAGACAAAAUCAAUUCAGAACAUGAAGACGUUUGUGAAUACAUACAGCUGUGCCAACCCAGACUGACUUUGUGCCAUGUUUUCGGGAUGAAAUCUACAGCAUGACCUUUCUAAACAAAUCAGUGAGAUAAAUGAAGCAGAUUGUGUAGUGGAUGGAAGCAACUUGAGACUUCAGAUCAUGUUUUACCAGUGAAUGUGUCACGGUUUUACAGUAGCUACUGCUGAAUAUCAUGAUUAUUGACCAGAACCCUAAACUUACUCUGUGGGUUUUUCUUUUUCAAAGUAUAUAUUUUUUCUAUCUCUGGUUGCAAAAUACAUGUUGUGUUUUGUUAUUAACCAUUUGUGUCUUCGAUGUAUUUCUGUCUUGGAAAACUGCAUCUACCGUUAGUGGCUGUAGUACAUUUUAAUCAUUGUUACUACUUGCAGAAUACUUAUUUAAAUAAAUUUAAAGAGACGUAAACUGUGAAA